GAGACAUUGCCAACCUGCAGCGAGCUAUUUGCCAACCUGCAGUGAGACUCGGAUAUUGACAGCCUGCGGCUGGCCCGGAAUCAACGAACAGGCGUCAUGUUGCUACAGGACUUGCACUUGAAUAUCUAUCUGCCUCCCUUGGCUAUCCCGCCAAAGACCGAGAUAGAAGAAUCUCUCCAAAUCUCUCCAGACCCAAGAUAGCAAAGUCGUACACGAACUACCUACCUACCAACGUGCUCACCAUGGCCACGCCCACCUUUAUUUCCUCCCUUGCCAGCGCUCUGUCACCCGAGGCACGGAUCCUGAGUGAGCAGGGCUCAGCCGAAUUCAAGGACUCGCUGGCCAGAUGGUCGGACUAUGGCAUCCGGACGCCCACGGCUAUCGUCCAGCCGGCGUCCGAGAGCGAUAUCGUCACCGCCAUUAAGGAGCUUGUAUCCGCGUCCAUCCCCUUCGUGCCAGCAUCAGGCGGUCACAGCCCCUUUUCGACUGUCGGCAAGGACGGUUUUAUCAUCGACCUAAGUCGCUUCAAGGGCGUCGAAGUGGACGAGGCCAAUGGCCUCGCAACGAUCAAGGGGGGCACACUGGCAAAGCAAGUUCAGACAGCAUUGCACCCCUAUAAGCGCUUCGCAGCGGUUGGAAGCAGUUCCACAGUCGGUUUGAUCCCAUACUAUAUUGGGGGCGGUGUCAGCAGCUACACACCGUUCUAUGGCUAUGCAUGCGAGAAUAUCGUCGCCGCCAAGCUCGUUACCGCAAAAGGGGAGCUGCUCUCAGUUUCUGAGACUGAGAAUCCCGAGCUUCUCUGGGGAAUUCGCGGUGCCGGGCAGUUCCUCGGCAUAGUAACCCAGAUCACCAUCAGGACCUUGCCAUACUCAACCAUGGGGAACGAGCAGGGGCAGCGCAUGGUCGGCAUGUUCGCCUUCACGCCGGACAAGCUGGACGCCGUCUGUGCGGCAAUGGCGCCCAUCAUGGAGAGUAAGGAGCAUGCAUCGGCUGGGCACUUUAGUGUGACCCUGGCGCCGCCCGAGUUCCAGCACCAGGUCAUCCUGGCCAUCCCGGAAGUGUUUGCCUCUCCCGAGAAGGCCGCCGAGAUCCUUAGGCCGCUGACAGACCUGGGACCGGUUAUGCAGAUGCUGAUGCCCUCUACAUUCGACAAGCAUAGCGAUGCUUUUGAGUAUCUCUCCGCGAAGGGCGAUUUCAAGAGGUUUAGCCAGAUCGGCAUGACCGGUUUCAGGGUCGAAGAGUUUCGUGAGCUCGUCAAGCUCCAUUCUGAGCUCGUUUCCACGUGCCCGGAUGGUGCUACAUCGGGUUUCACGGUGGAGUGGCACACUCCUUGCAGUCAACCGCGCGUAGACACUGCGUUUGGUAACCAUGGGGUAGAGUACUGGAUGAACGUCCUCACUUGGUACAAAGACGCAAAGAACCAUGAGUACAUGGAGAGUAUGGACAAGAGAGCCCAGGCGGCUGUUCGUGCCGCGGACAAAGAAGCCGACUACAUCACUUACACCAACACCAGUAGAGAGGAUCCGAUCGAGUGGCGCUACAAAGGUGAAGACAGGAUCUCCAAGUUAAGGACGCUCAAGAAGCAAUGGGAUCCCACUGGUGUCUUCACCAAGCAAUUCUUGUGAUUCUCAUCUUAUCGCAGGACGACUUCUAAAUGGCGACUUGUCCCCAUUGAUUCAAUUCAGCACGCUCUACUCGUACAACUUGAUUGGAUUUUUUGUCUCAUAUUAGUCAUAGAUGUAGCUAUUAGCAUGUGACAUAUUUGAUAGACUGUUGCUAUUUGCAAACCGCACACCAGAGGUAUCCUUCAAUUAUCUAGAUGUUCAGGCCUUCUUCCAGUCUGAGAUUCUCCA